GUCCCCCACAUCAGAUAGUGUAAAUAAGUCUAAGCGUCUUACAAAAGCUUCACUGAUCCUGUAUAUGUCUUAGGUUAUAAAUCUCUAUAAAUGUGUGUCUUACUAAGUGUGUUUUUACCUGUGUUUAAAGGUAUGGGACCUUCGUCAAAACAAGUUGACCUAUACAAUGCGAGGGCAUGCGGAUUCUGUCACAGGGCUCAGCCUCAGUUCAGAGGGCUCUUACUUGCUUUCCAAUGCAAUGGACAAUACAGUUCGCAUAUGGGAUGUUCGGCCCUUUGCCCCUAAAGAGAGAUGUGUGAAAAUACUCCAAGGGAAUGUGCAUAAUUUUGAGAAGAAUCUUCUGCGAUGCUCCUGGUCACCAGAUGGAAGUAAAAUCGCUGCAGGAUCUGCAGACAGGUUUGUUUAUGUGUGGGAUACCACUUCCAGAAGAAUCCUAUACAAGCUUCCAGGCCAUGCUGGUUCAAUAAACGAAGUCGCUUUUCAUCCAGAAGAACCAGUUGUACUUUCUGCAUCUAGUGACAAAAGGCUUUAUAUGGGGGAAAUCCAGUGAGAAUGAGCAGAAGAUGACCAGAACUAGAUUGCUUCUGACCUAUUUGAAUUGCUCUGUACAUAGAAAUGGAAGGUGGGACUGUGGCAUCACCAUCUCUGUAUGAAGAAUGAAUAUUAAACAUCUGUGUUUCAGAGAAACCCUCCUUGAAUUUUUGACCAUGUAUACAGAAGAUUAAAAGGACUGGCAGUCUAGAAUCAUUUAGGGUUUGAGAUGGAUAUACAGGUUUCUAGUUUUAUUUGAAAAAUUGGAGAUUGAUUCAUUUAAAAUAUUUUGACAGUUAUAAAAUGGGGAAAAGCUGUUUAAUAUCGUAUGCUUUCCAUGAGGUUGUUUUGUCACUUUUAUACUAAAAGAAAUAAAAUACCUUGUCCAAACAGAA